AUGAAGGGAGUCGUCGAAUGGCGGGACUCAAGCCUGCGCUGGCGCUCUACAGCCCUUAGGAGCUUCCAGCUCUUCUGCAACGAGAAGAAUUUGAAUUGGCAGCGUGCUGAAAGAGGGACGGUAAUUCCAAAGCAUAAGUUUGUCCUUGUGAAAUUCGAUACACAAUAUCCGUAUGGUGAGAAACAAGAUGAGUUUAAAAAGCUGGCAGAGAGCUCAGGCUCCAGUGAAGAUCUUCUGGUGGCUGAAGUGGGAAUAUCAGAUUAUGGUGAUAAACUGAACACUGAGCUGGGAGAAAAGUACAAGCUGGAUAAGGAAAAGUUCCCUGUUUUUUACUUGUUCCAGGAUGGUGACUUUGACAAUCCCUUACCUUACAGCGGCCAAAUCAAGGCCAGGGCUAUUCAGCGCUGGCUGAAGAGUAACGGCAUCUAUCUGGGGAUGCCAGGCUGCCUGAAAGAGUACGACAUGCUGGCCAGCAAGUUUGUGAGCACUACUGAGAAAUCGGAACGCCAGUCCCUCCUGAAAAAGGGGCAAGAGAGUUUAGAAAAAACAAAAGAAACCGAGAAGAAGUCAGCCGAGCAAUACUUGAAAAUUAUGAGCAAGAUGCUGGAGCAGGGAGAAGAGUUUGCUGCUAAUGAAGUCAUCCGAAUCACAAAACUGAUCGAGAAGAACAAAAUGAGUGAUGGAAAAAAGGAGGAGCUCCAGAAAAGCCUCAACAUCCUUGCUUCUUUCCUGAAGAAGAAUAAUGAAAAAGAUGAGCUCUGAUAUGUUGGAGAACUUUGUACAAGCUGUGAAACACUGUCAAGAGUCCUAACCAGUUCUCCUUAUGCAAGCAAACUUCCCGCUGACUUCAAGAGAGCAGCAGAUUUCCUUCUGGUAUUCUCAGUUUAGAAGAUCAAGAGGAAGACAUUCCUUAAAAACACAGUAUUCUAUAUGUUGGAAAAAUCACCUUAAAGCAAGAUGCCAGCAUUGUGUAAUAUCAUUCAAUAACAGUGUUAAAGUAGACCAAAAAAAAAAAGCACUAGAUUGGCCUGAAGCA